AUGAUGGCCCACGAGCAGCUGUCGCCGGCCACUAGCUCGGCGACGAACCGCACGAACCGCGGCGGCCGUCCCAAGGAAUGGACCGACCCGCGCACCCGCCGACUAACACGGCUCUACGUCUAUACCGCCCUCAAAGUCGACAAGAUACUCGAGGUUCUGGAAGACAAGGCCUGGUCUCCUGGCAAGGAAGCCGCCAACAAGCACCUGAAUCACCUUCUUGGGAAGGACCCGCGCUGGAUGCGACCGAAGGACUGGGGUGAAGCACGUCAACGUGUGGCAGGCCUGAAGGGCAGCGAACGCGCAAGACCAUCACCGAAAUGUGCCUGUCCCAAUCAGUUUUCCCCUCACCCCAUGCACGCGCCGCAGGGCGACAGAUUCCAGGAUGUAUCCAGGAGCGACACCAUGGACAGCGCAAUGCUGUCGCGAUCCUCCGGGUCGUCGAUGGAAAAGAGGGAUCUUUUCGUUCUCGGCACCGACUCACAAGGAAUGCAUAACGGCUAUGCCGUUCCACCACAGCAUGGUCCGGCUCACGACCUGGGGACCAUGCACAACCCCUCGUAUACAUCACUGGGCCGUUUCAUGCCGAAGAUACGCAGCCGACAGGGAACCCAAAUGACGACUUCGACCAACUUCAGUGUCGGAAGCAGCCGGGAAGCGUAUCGGUCGCUCCAGGAGAAGCUCAGGGGAGUCAACGGUAUUGGACGCUCUGACAUCAAAGACGUGUUCAGACUGUUGAAGCGGUUCACUAUAUCAAAUGAGCCGGACGCUGGCCACGCCAAUUACUCGCCCAACGAGUCGGCCAUGCAUCCACGUGCAUCCCCCAACAUCGACUUCGCACAAUAUCAAGAAGAAGGGACUACGACCCCGCGUAUUGUUCAGUACCCACUUCCCUGUGACUUCAUUCACACCAAUGCUGCUUCACAUAAUCCGGCAACAGGAAUGGACCAAUUUGGCAAUACGAUAUAUCAUGAACUUGCCAUCAGUGCAGGCUGUGAAAGGCAGCUCAUCGACUUGGUUUCGGAACGUUCGCGCGCCCAGGACCCAACCCUCAAUGCUACCAAUACUGGUGGACAGACAUUCCUGCACGUGUUACAUGACGACUGGUUUAGCGAGCCGGCGUUACUCAAAGAUCUCGUCAACACGUUGCGGACCACGCAGUUCAACUUCUACGCCGCCGAUGUCUAUGGGCGAUCGUUCUUCCAUCUGCUUCGUCAAAAACUGGCAGACCCCGGAGACAUGAGGGAUUUCACGCCGUAUUUUGAUAUCAAGAGAUAUAACACACGCGAUGCGUUCGGAGUUCGACCCAUGAUUGGGCGAGCCACGACCAUGACAGCGACCAGAGAGCGCCCGGCAUCGCUGACCAUCCCGACUACAGACAGAAACCAGGAACGAAUUGAGCAUCACACGGCGCUCUUGAAGAUAGUGAACGGAGCAACCCAAACGUUAAAUGGGCAUGCAACGGAAGACACCCAGGGACGCAACGCUCUUCACUGUCUCGCCGAGGUGAUCUUGGGCUACGCAACGAUACAGGACCCAACCAACAGCACGCGGGCUCCCAAACGGAAGUUGGAUGUGACAGACGAGCCAGUCUCAUUGCACUGUCCUCUAAGCCAGCGACUAGAGUUUCUCGAAACGGUCCUGGUGGCGAACGUCGAUGUCAACCACUACAACGCUCGUGGAGACACUGUUCUCAUGUCGUUCAUAACCCACAUUGCCGACGGCAAAGACGACAAGGAUCUCGAACAGUUGAUCAAGCGACUUAUCCAGGCCGGCGCCAAACUCGAGGCCCGCAACCGCAGCGGCGAGACCGUGCUGCAGGUAGCCGCAAGACUCGGCCAGAAAUUCGCCGUCAAAGUCCUUGUCGAACACGGGGCGAACCUGCAUGUGCGAAACUGCGACGGGCGAAGCAUCUUGCAGAUGAUCGACGACCUCACUCGGUUGUCGCCGGAAUGGUCCGAGCAGCUCGCGCGGCUCGAGGCAACCCGUGGGGUCCUCACCGGCCGCUUCAGCAAGUUCCAGGCCGAACAGGACCCUUCCCUAUUUCAGGAGUGGGGCCUUCGAUCCAGUUUUCCGAUGUCAGCUUGA